CCUGCCUCCUUGCUGCCUGUCUGCCUCCUUGCUGCCUGCCUGCCUGCUGUAAUAAUGGGUAGGAAGGUGACUCUGGCGACCUGUUCCUUGAACCAGUGGGCUCUGGAUUUCGAAGGAAAUUUAAAGAGAAUAUUACAAAGUAUAAAGAUUGCAAAGCAGAAAGGUGCUCGGUACCGACUGGGUCCAGAACUAGAAAUCUGCGGAUAUGGGUGUGCGGAUCACUUCUACGAGUCUGAUACCGUACUGCAUUCAUUUCAAGUUUUGGCCGAGCUCCUGGAGUCUCCUCUUACUACUGACAUUAUCUGUGAUGUAGGCAUGCCGGUAAUUCACAAAAAUGUUCGUUACAACUGCCGAGUGAUAUUUCUCAACAAGAAAAUCCUUCUGAUCCGGCCAAAAAUGGUUAUGGCCAAUGGUGGAAACUACAGAGAGCUGCGUUGGUUCACGCCAUGGAACAAACCAAGAGAAGUAGAGGACCAUUUCCUUCCUAGAACUAUCCAAAGAAUCACUGGGCAGGACACUGUUCCUUUCGGGGACGCGGUUUUAGCAACAAAAGACACGUGCAUAGGGACAGAAAUCUGUGAAGAACUGUGGUCACCAAACAGCCCUCACAUUGAUAUGGGUUUGGAUGGCGUUGAGAUAUUCACCAACUCCUCCGGCAGUCACCACGAACUGAGGAAAGCCCACCUACGGGUGGAUCUGGUCAGGUCCACCACAGCUAAGAACGGUGGGAUUUAUCUUCUAUCCAACCUACGAGGAUGCGAUAGUGACCGCUUGUACUUCGACGGCUGUUCCAUGAUAUCGCUCAACGGAGACAUCGUCGCGCAAGGAUCCCAGUUUUCGCUAAAUGAUGCGGAAGUUCUCACGGCAACGUUAGACUUGGAAGACGUUCGAACGUACAGAGCUCACAUUUCAUCUCGGUGCAUUUCGGCGAGCAGAGUGACCCCAUAUCACAGAGUUCAAGUGGAUUUUUCACUCUCGCACUUUGAAGAUGUUUUCACGCUCACUUCUAACCAGAUCCAGUGGAAAUAUCAUAGUCCGUCGGAAGAAAUCAGCCUGGGUCCUGCUUGCUGGCUUUGGGAUUACUUACGACGUAGUAAACAGUCCGGAUUUCUGCUGCCCCUCAGUGGUGGGGCUGAUAGCUCCGCAGUGGCCUCUAUCGUGUAUUCCAUGUGCUGCCUGGUUUGCGAAGCUGUGGACGAGGGAAAUCAGGAAGUGUUGAGUGAUGUCCGCCAGAUCGUAAACGAUGAAAAAUACAAGCCGGCGCUUCCUCGGGAAUUCUGUAAUCGCAUCUUGACGACAUGUUACCUGGCUACUGAGAAUUCAUCCAAAGACACCAACGACGUAGCCCGGCUGCUGGCAGAACAGAUAGGGAGCUACCACCUAACACCUAACAUAGAUACCGCCGUUAAGGCAAUCUUGGGGAUAUUUAGCGCAGUGACUGGAAAAAUCCCCCGAUUCCGGGCUCAUGGGGGCAGCGUGCGGGAGAAUUUGGCGCUCCAGAACUUGCAGGCCCGCGUACGCAUGGUGACCGCCUACUUGUUUGCCCAGCUUACUCUUUGGACUCGUGGCUUGCCAGGAGGGCUUCUGGUUCUCGGAACGGCUAACGUUGAUGAAAGCCUUCGAGGAUACUUUACGAAAUAUGACUGCUCAAGUGCUGACAUUAAUCCUAUCGGUGGUGUCAGCAAGACGGACCUGAGGGACUUCAUUCAAUAUUCAGCUGACAAAUUCCAGCUCUCGGCGCUUACAAAGGUCCUGUCUGCUCCAGCCACGGCAGAACUAGAACCACUCGUUAACGGGAAAGUGUCUCAGAACGACGAGGUUGACAUGGGAAUGACUUACGACGAGCUGUCCGUUUACGGCAGACUGAGAAAGGUGGCAAAGAUGGGACCUUACAGCAUGUUCUGUAAACUUUUACUCAUGUGGAGGACAAUCUCGCCGAGAGAGGUUGGAGAGAAAGUAAAGUAUUUUUUUAGGAUGUAUUCCAUCAAUCGGCACAAAAUGACGACCCUCACCCCUGCCUAUCACGCAGAGAGCUACGGCACCGAUGAUAACCGAUUUGACCUACGACCUUUCCUCUACAACGCGGGGUGGGCCUGGCAGUUCCGCUGCAUAGAUAAGGAGGUGACUCACCUGGAAGGAAACGUGAAGGAUAAAGCUUUUGAAGAAUUGGAUUGAUCAUUAAUUUAAGAAUUCUACAAGAACCGUAGCGAAGAUCUCCAAAUCGAAGCAGGAAAUUCCUUAAAUAAUUGUUAAGCAAAA